CACUUGGAGAAGAAGCAGUGACUUCACCAGAAUGUCCCUGAAACACGUUUCAGUUCUGCUGCUGCUGCUACAGCUGAGCGCUUGCUUCACAUCUGGGAGUUGUGGAAAGGUGCUGGUGUGGCCUAUGGAGUACAGUCACUGGAUGAACUUAAAUGUAAUCCUAGAGGAACUUGUCCGGAGAGGUCAUGAGGUGAUCGUUCUGAACCAUAACGCUUCAAUUUUCGUUGACUCUGGCAAAACAACUGCUAUCAAAUUUGAAACUUUUCCUAUUGACAUCACUAAAAAUGACCUGGAUAUGUUUUUCAUACAACUUGUUGAUAUGUGGACAAAUGCACUGCAGGACUCAUAUUGGGAAUAUCUUCUAGCAUUGCAAAAAAUCUUUUCAGAAUAUUCUAAUACUUGUAAAGAUCUCUGUAAAGCAGCAGUUUUGAACAAGAAACUCAUGACAAAGCUACAAGAAUCAAAGUUUGAUAUUCUUCUGUCAGAUCCGAUUAGUCCAUGUGGUGAACUGUUGGCAGAGCUACUUAAAAUCCCAUUUGUGCAGAGUGUUCGCUUCACUCCUGGUUACACUGUGGAAAAGUACAAUGGAGGACUUUCAUUGCCUCCUUCCUAUGUCCCUAUCAUUCUGUCUGAUUUAAGUGGCAGAAUGACAUUCAUGGAGAGGGUUAAAAAUAUGCUGUUCAUGCUUUAUUUUGACUUUUGGAUUCAAGUAUUUAAUGAGAAGAGAUGGAACCAGUUUUGCAGUGAAGUAUUAGGAAGACCCGUUACAUUGUAUGAGCUGGUGGCAAAAGCUGACAUGUGGCUCAUUCGAAGCUAUUGGGACUUGGAAUUUCCUCGUCCCACCUUGCCAAAUGUCCAUUUUGUUGGAGGCCUCCACUGUAAACCUGCCAAACCGCUGCCCAAGGACAUGGAAGAUUUUGUGCAGAGCUCUGGAGAGGAGGGAGUCGUGGUGUUUUCUCUGGGUUCAAUGGUCAGUAAAAUGACAGAAGAGAGGGCCAAUGUGAUCGCAUCAGCGCUUGCCCAGCUUCCACAAAAGGUUUUAUGGAGAUUUGAUGGAAAGAAACCAGAAACUUUAGGGCCCAAUACUCAGAUGUAUAAUUGGAUCCCUCAGAAUGAUCUUCUUGGUCAUCCAAAAACCAGAGCUUUUGUAACUCAUGGUGGAGCCAAUGGUGUCUAUGAGGCAAUCCACCAUGGCAUCCCUAUGGUGGGUCUUCCUUUGUUUGGAGACCAACCUGAUAACAUUGCCUACAUGACAGCCAAGGGAGCAGCUGUGAGACUGAACUGGAAAACCAUGUCAAGUGCAGAUUUACUCAAUGCCUUGAAGACAGUCAUUCAUGAUCCUUCCUAUAAAGAGAAUGUCAUGAUGUUAUCGAGAAUUCAUCACGAUCAGCCCAUGAAGCCCCUGGAUACAGCCGUCUUCUGGAUCGAGCAUGUCAUGCGCCACAAAGGAGCCAAACACCUGCGGGUUGCAGCCCACGACCUCACCUGGUACCAGUACCACUCUCUGGAUGUGAUUGGGUUCCUGCUGGCCUGUGUGACAAUCCCUACUUAUCUGGUCAUAAAAAUCUGUCUGUUUGUUUAUCAAAAGCUUGUUAAGACAGAAAAGAAGAAAAAGAGGGAUUAAAAGUUCUUUCACACUGCAAGUGUCUGACAGAUGAUACUUGAGUUUAAUUCAUGCUCUAGAGAUCAAGAUGUGGCAAGUUUUUUUCCUGCAUGUUCUAUGGGAAGUGUGCCUUCUUGAUUUAUUCCUCAAUUUGUUUUAACUAAACAUGAAGGAAUAUAUAAGUCUAAUUGCAAUAAUCUUCAAUUCAAGCAUUUAUUCUUUAAUGUUGACUGAGUCACACUAGUAUAAUUCUGUAAAACAAAAUACGAAACAAGACCCACUGAAAACUCAGGCUAUCAGAGAACAAGAAAAUACCUGAAAUUUUGUGUACAUAUUCAUAAAUACACUGUAUUUGACCAAAUACAAUCGUGUGAAAAACAUGUGUCCUCUUCAGAAAGAGCAGUCAGAACCUUGUGAAAGUGUAUAAGAUAAUUUUUUCAGAUCACUACAGUAUGUAAAAUAUAACAAUCUAUAUCCUGAUCUUGAUAAUAGCUACAACAGAAGUGGAUGGUAUUUUUAAAGAAAUAAAUAAUGAGCAUUGGAUAAUGAAAGAAAGAUUUCAUUCAACUUUAUGUCAAUAAAAAAUUGGUCUGAGUGGGUUGGUAAAACAGAAUACAUUUUGCCUAUUGGUAUCAUUGUAUUUUCUUGAGCGAAGACAAAGCAUGGAUCCUGAGCUCACUUACUGCCAUAAUCCAAGCAGUUGGAAAACAGGCUACACUUGGGGAAGUCUCUUAUCACAGUAAUAGGUAUGUCCUAGUCUUAUAGGGAGAUUACAGUUCACCUGAAUCAUGAAAUACAAGAUGCAUAACCAUGAUAUUUUUGUAUUAAAAUUUUUUCAAGGUUGUAGUUUGUGUCUUGCUGAAAUCCGUGUGGCACAAUAAAAUAUUU